AUGCCGAGCCUCCUAACAAUCCCCCGCGAGAUCCGCGACGAGAUCUACACAUGGGGCCUCCUCAUCCCUUUCUCCCCUGUUCCUCCCCAACGCAUACGCAUCAGUACAGAAAAAGUUCGCAAGGUCCUGAACUUGGGAUUCACCGAUGUCACCGUCGAAGAAAUACUACCGCGUCAUCCCUCCCAGGAAGAUAUCGGCUACGUCUGGUCGGAGGAGAGCGUCCGCUACCCCCUGAGCGCUCCCCUUCCACCGACUCACCAUCUCCUCUCUGCUUGUAGCCAAAUUCGCACGGAGCUGAAGGAAGCAAUCCGUCGAAUGGGCGACGGGAAACUACGUUACAAGAUCGAUCUCGCCUUGCGGAAUGACAAAUUUGUACUUUAUCCGACAUGGGUGUCCAUCCCUAUGUUGUCGAAGCACGUUGACGAGCUUGAAGUCACCCUGCGGAUACUUCAUGGCAGGACUAAGAGCGUGUGCAGCGUCUUCAGUGUCCACGAGGAGGAACAGGAAGGGAGUCUCCUUAACGGCGGAUUGGCGUGUCUAAUACGCUUCGUCGAGCGCGGGGUGCACUUCUUGUCGAAGAAAAAGCGAGAAGGGUUUACAGUGGGCUUGCUGGUGAUUGACGUACACGCGCCAGGUAUUGCAAGGGCGGACCUUGACAAGGAUAUGGAGGAAACGGCGGCGAGUUUGGAGAAGUGGAUGCAGGGGACGGAGAGUGACGCUCUUGGGGAAAUGGCGAGGGAGAUGGAGGAUACACAGAUCAGGCUCCUAGCCAGGAAGAUAGAGAGCUUGAGACUCAGCACCUAUGGGAGAAUAGUUGGGGAAUGGGAUAUGAAAGAGAUGAUCAGGAUGAGGGAUGAGUUGGCGAGGAAUUAG